GCGGGGUUAAAGGGAGGGAGCGUGCAGUUGUGGAUCAGCAGCCCCUGCCUCGCUUCUCCCAUCCCAGGCAGGUCUGUGCAACCAGUUUUUGCUCUUUGUGAAACAUGCACAAGAUUGGAUGAUAGGCCUCAUCCUUCUCAAGAUGGCAGUGCCCACAAGUGAGUACAGUAAAGUGCCUGGGGAUGCCCAGCUUCCGGGCGGAGCGGCACCAUACGGGAACUUUCCCGAUUACUCUCGCUUCCACCCACCAGAGGGACGCAUCCGGCUCCUGCCCAGCGCGUUGCUGAGCAAGCUGUUCCCUAACCCGCGUGCAAAGCCCCUUUUGGGGCUGGAUGUGGGGUGCAAUUCGGGGGAGCUCAGCAUCGCCCUGUACAGGCACCUCCUGGGGCUUCAGGAGACCCAAGCCUGCCAGGAGCGCCUGAACGAACUUCGCCUUCUCUGCUGCGAUAUUGACGCUGGGCUGAUCGAGAGAGCUAAGCAACAGAGCCCCUUCCCUGCCUCUAUUUCCUACGCCGCCCUUGACAUCAUGGACCCCGACGCAAGGGAGACGCUGCUGAGCUCCUACCUGGGCAGCUUUGGCCGCUCCACAUUUGACAUUGCCUUCUGUAUGUCCGUGACCAUGUGGAUCCACCUCAAUCACGGGGACUGUGGCCUGGUGACAUUCUUGUCUUACCUCGCGUCUAAAUGCGCAUACUUGCUCCUCGAACCCCAGCCGUGGAAAUGCUACCGGUCCGCUGCCCGGCGCCUGCGGAAACUGGGCAGGCACGACUUUGACCACUUCCGAUCCCUCUCCAUCAACGGGGACGUGGUUGAGAGGAUCACCCAGAUCUUGACCGCCGACUGUGCCAUGGAACUGGUGUCUUGCUUCGGAAGCACAAGCUGGGACAGGAGACUCUUGCUAUUCAAAUCAAAGGAGGCUAAUCAUCUGGUGUGACGGAGGACUGGAGAGAAAGGGGAGUGUUCUGGGCGAGGCUAAUUGUUCUGGGACUGCACUGAAAGUGGGGUAGGGAGGAGGGGUUCUCAAACCAUCGAGCCCCAGAGCCCACUGGAGAGGUAAUGAAAAUUACGGAGGCCCACCAGUCGCGAAAUGGCUGUUCAGGGACAAAGCCAGUAACGAAACGGUGGCAGGUGGAGGCAGAGCCCGUCCUAAUCAGGUGGCAAUUAGUGACAUCAUUUUCAUCAUCGGAUAUCUAAACCCACACUAGAAAUUUUCAGAUACAACAGUGAUUUCCUUGUGGCAAGG